AUUCCCUCUCUCCUGCGGAAGGAGAGCUUCGGGGAAGGACAGAUGCCCAGAGACAGAAGCGGGGAGCGGCGGAGCAAAGGAGAGCGAGUCCAGAGGCAGAGAUAAAGGCGGAGCCACAGAGACAGAGGGUGAAAGGCGAGACCCGAGGGGAGACUGCACGGGACGGAUGGACCGAGCUGGGCCCCGAGGGGUACGAGCCCGCUCCCCUGGUCUGGGGACUGAAUAAAACCGGAGGAGGAGGAGGAGAUCUCUGGACCGAGGGAGCCCGUCUGACUGGCCCCGGCCGGGACGCGCCUCGCCUCCCGUUAGCUCCAAGAAGCAGCCCAGGGGUUCUGGGCCGGGACUCGCCCACCGUUAACCGCGGAGGAUACGAAGAGCGCGGAGAGCUGCGGAGAGAGCAGAGAGGUGGGGAGAGCUGCGGAGAGGAGGGCGGAGGAGAGCGGCCGAGCCCGGGACAGGGUCAGCCUCCCCAGUCCAUGGAACGCGCUCCAGGCCACCGCUCUCGGAUGUGACGGCCCCGGAGUCUCAGCGGCCGGGGGUGGGGGGAGCGUCUCCAGACCCCCGGGGUCCCUAUGGGGUGACCACCGAGCCAGCCUCCCCGUCGCCUCCGUCUCCCCCUCCUGAGAUUAUGCUGGGAGCCUACGGUCCGGUCCCUGGAACCCACAGACUCUCCUGGCUCAGCAAGCCCCGUGGCCAUUAGCAGAACCACUGACGCCUUACUCGACCCCAGUCCACCCCUUCCCCAGCCCUCCCCCCCCCCAAUUCCCCUGGAUAACCCCCUCCCGAUAGAAGACCCCGGCGCUGGGAAGUUACUAUGCAGCUUGGACUAUUUGCAGUGCUGGUGAUUCUGAGCUGGACGGACCUAGCUGGAGGCAGCAAAGUGGCAAAGGGCAAGAGGCAGAGGCGAAUCAGCACAGAGGUGAGCCAGGGCUGCGCUAAGGGCUGCGAGCUGUGCUCCGAGUUCAACGGCUGCCUCAAGUGCUCCCCCAAGCUCUUCAUCCUGCUGGAGCGGAACGACAUCCGGCAGAUCGGGAUUUGCCUGCCGUCCUGCCCUCCAGGAUAUUACGACGCUCGCAACCCUGACAUGAACAAGUGCAUCAAAUGCAAAAUCGAGAACUGUGAUGCCUGCUUCAGCCAAAACUUUUGCACAAAAUGUAAGGAGGGUCUGUACCUGCAUAAGGGUCGCUGUUACCCGGAUUGCCCCAGCGGCUACUCUGCAGCCAAUGGCACGAUGGAAUGCAGCAGCCCUGCAGCACACUGUGAAAUGAGCGAGUGGAGCUCCUGGGGCCCAUGCUCCAAGAAGAAGAAACUGUGUGGCUUCAGGAAGGGCACGGAGGAGCGGGCACGGCGGGUCCUGAAUGCCCCCACGGGGGACAGGUCUGGGUGCCCGCCUGCCCGCGAGGUCCGGAGAUGCACGGUACAGAAGAGCUUGUGCCCAGAAGGGCCCAAGAGGAGGAAGGACGAGCAAGGCAAGAGGGAGAACGGCAAUGGGAACCACAACAGGAAGGAGGCCAAGGAGGCCCGGUCUGGCUCCAGGAGGCGGAAGGGGCAGCAGCAGCAGCAGCAACAACAACGAGGGACGGUGCUCCCCCUCACACUUGCUGGCCCUGAUUAGCUGUUGACCUUUCACCUUGGGGCUGAGACGGCGAGAGUCCAAUGCUGCUAUGUAUAUGAAAGCUUUCCUGAACUGGAGCACUGCGCGUGUGCACACACACGCAUACACACACACAACUGAGGACACACUCCCCCAGAGUCACACACACACACACACGUCAUCAAAGACCCCAGACCCCCGUGGAGGCAUCACUUGAGAUGGGAACCCAAAGAGGCCUAAACACCCACACAUACCGACACACACACUCUCUCUCUCUCUCUCUCUCUCUCUCCCUCUUUCUCUCACACUUCAAGAAGGAAAACAAUCCAAGAAACAAGUAUCCCCUCGGACUUCACAGAGUGAAAACAAAGGGGAAGAUUGUCUUCACUGCAAAGAGAAGGCAGCGAGGCCUCCAUUCAGAUUUCUGUUCAGCACAGAAGUUGAGGAGAAAACUCCAUUGAGAAGCAAAACCAAACCCAAGACCGACGAGGCCUUGGCGGAGGGACAGAGCGGAGGAGAAUGAUUGGGUGACAGCAUGGAAGGGUCCAGGACCGCCCGGGGAAGGUGUUACCACAGCCCUCCCACCCCUUAACCCUGUUCAUUUUGUGUUUUCAGCUCUAUGACGUUAUCCUUGAAGAAUAUAUGUUAAACGUUUGUGGUAAGAUGUCAGGGAUGACGACCCUGAAAACUGCUUAAAAAUUUUAUUUCAAAUUAAAAAACAAAACAAAACCAACA